CGCCCAUUACCUCGUCUACUGACAACCACUCCCACCUCUCUAAUCAAGCGGGUGGCCUUCACCCCACGGUCCCGCCCCUCCACCUCCCAUUCUUCCUCCUCCAUAUCCUCGAGUCGCCAGCAAUGAAGGGUCUACGCAUGGACGAACUCUCGGCGGAGGUAGAAGUCCUAGAAUCGAAGCUCGCCAAAACCGCCGAAUUGACCAGCAAAAUCUCGCUUUCGCUAAAAAAGCUAUCCGCCAGCGCGCAGCAGGUUGAGACUGCCGUCAAGCCAAUAUACUCCAAGACGCAAUCGCUUACUGUGCUCUCGUCGAAUAUCGACGAGACUAUCAAUGCGAUUGACCGAGUGCGCCAGCCAUCGGAUGCUGUGUCGAAGGAGGAGGGGACCAUACGACGGGGGCCACAGAAAGUCGGGCUUACCGCGUACCUGGCAUCGCUGAAGCGGGUUAAUGAGGGCUUGUCCGUGCUGAAGCAGUCGAAUCUACGGAGCUCCCAGAAGGUUGUGCAGCAGAUGACGGGGCUGCUGAAGGCCGGGAGCAUGCAGCUAGAAGAGCUAUUCCGACAGUCGUUGGCCGAGGACUCGCAGUCUGUAGAACCGCUACAUUAUAUCACCAAAGAUCUUCCGUUCCCGACCUUCAGCUCGCAGAAAACGAAUACCCUUGCUGUUUUGAACGAUUUCCUUUCCUCAACGCUUGCUACAGCAUCAGGGCUACAGUCCAAUGCUACCACGAUCUAUGCCGAAGUGCGUGGGCCGUACAUUACCUCCUCGUUAUCCACACUCGCUCUCGCGGCAAUCAACACGACUCGUCGCAAUACCACGGCGGCGUAUGAGAGGGGCUCGAACGGUAUCGGAAUGUAUACAAGCUCACUAGAAGGCAUAUUCGACGCCGAGUACGAAAACAUCUGCCACCUCUUCGCGUCAAACACCUGGUCGACGGUGUACCACGGCACCACUGAGCCCGCCAUGGCCGUGUUCAAGCGUACGAUACAGGAUCUCAACACCUUCAUCACGCGAAACAUGUCCACCGAUUUGUAUCUCGCCUACGAGAUCAUUGAAUGCGUGCAGCCGACCAGUGCCCGGCUGAAAUCCAAGACUGGAGAGCAGAGGGAGUUCACGGAUGCUCUGAAACCGAUACGACAGACGGCGCAAAGCAGCUUCAACUUUAUGCUCGAAGACUUGAAGCGUGCUGGGCAAAUAAUGGUGGUGCUGCCGGUAGACUUCACCGUCGCCGAAAUCACCAAGGACACCAUGGCACGCCUGCAAAAGUUAUCGGAAUACCAAUCGUCAAUCUCGAGUCUCCUCGUCGCCCUCGGCGACGGAAACUGGAAGCGUCCCUAUGACUCUCUGAAUCCGAAUCUCACCUCCUUUGACGUGGGCGCGGACGGUGCUCUCCUGCUAUCCCACUUCCUCCUCGAGAUGGUGGACCAGCUCAUCACCGAGCUCGAAGGCAAAUCACAUGGUCUCCUCAAGAAGAAAUCGAAUAUUGCAGUGUUCAUGACCAACAACGUAUCCUUUAUCGAGGCCACUAUCCGCCGCAGUGACUUGAGCAAGAUCAUGACGGGCACUGCACUCAGCAAAAUCGAGAAGUGGAGGAAGGAUGCUAUCAAGCUGUAUAUGGAGUCCUGGAAGGAGUGUGCAGCUUUCCUGAUGGAUGUUACGUACACCAAGCAGCAGCAGGGUGGUAAGGGCCUUACGGGCAAGGAGAAGGAGGGGGUUAAAGAUAAAUUCAAGAACUUCAAUAUUGCCUUUGAAGAUUUGGUCACCAAGCACAAGGCCUAUAACUUCGAUAAAGACGUGCGGACCAUGCUCUCCAAGGAGAUUGGAUUCGUGGGCCCACUUUAUGGAAGGUUCUAUGAUAAGUAUAAGGACGUCAUCAGCUCGAAGUAUGUCAAAUACGAUCGGCCGAGUUUGGAUGCGAUACUGGGUGGAUUGUAGUUAAUCGGAUGGGCUACGAAGGGGAUGGAGUUUUAUAUCAUGGCGCUUUGUGUUUUUCCUGUACGUUUUAAUGAUGGUGGCGAUACCCAGUUAAUUUAAUCAGCGGGUACUUCUUAUACAC